AUGUCUGAUAUAAGCAAGAUAGGUAUUACCUUGUCUGAGUCAUCAGACUGGUAUCUCUGGAUUGGUCAAAUUAAGUCUUAUGCUAUUGCAAAAGGCGUAUGGGACUAUAUUGACCCCGAUAAUCCAAUAAAGAGGGAUAUUCCUUCUUAUCCUAUUCGUCCUAGGGUUACUGAUAUUAACCCUAAAGCCCUUACCGAUGAAGACCUAACUACCUCUGAGCGAGAAAGGUGGAGAGACAGACGAAGAGACUAUGAGCUUGACCUUCGCGAAUAUGACCGUAUUUCGGGUGCUAUCUCUCAGAUCUACCUUAUCGUCCAAUCAUCGAUCUCCUAUUCAAGCAAGCUUAUCAUUCAGCACCUACCGACGGUCUAUGAAGCCUUACAAACCCUUCAAAAGCGCUAUACACCAACCACUGAAGCCCGAAAGCGGUCGGUCAUCAAGAAAUACCACCAAAUGCGCCGAAUCCCGCAUUCUUUGACCAUAGAUGCAUGGAUUUCGCAAUGCGAAAACACCUACGUAGAGGCUGUCCAAUUAGGCAUUGGUGAAGUCCAAUCAAAGACUAGACCACUUUUGGACUUCCUAGAUGGCCUAGCCUCUAUGUCUCCCUCCUUCGCCGAAUACUGGCAUAAUGAGAUCAACCGGCUUGAAUCUAUAGGCCAGAUAGACUCUAUAGACUUCUUUACCUUGACAAAGAGGUAUAGGGAUUCUAUUAGGCUUAUACCGCCCAAACGAGCCUCUAAUGUCCAUGCGACUUUUCGAGAACAUUCAGAUAAGGACCAAGGCAAGAAGACCACCAAACUCUGCCUAUACCGCUUUGAAGAGGCUUGCACCCAUUCAGGCUUUAAAUAUGCAUAUAAUAAGGCUAUCCAGAAGCAUCAGCAUCAGCAGGAUCAGUCCGACACCCACGUGGGUAUGGUGACCUGCCUAGCUUCUAGGCAUACACGGCCUAAUGUGUGGGCAUAUGACUCGGCCGCAGACACCCACGUUUGCAAUGAUCGCUCCCAAUUCGUGACUUUUUCGCCCUUUAAAGGCAGCCUCUUCGUCGGUGAUACUAAGACCUCAAUCCAAGGUAGAGGUCUAGUCUAUCUAUCCUUUGGUAACACCACUUUUGACCUCCAUGAAACCCUUUAUGUUCCAGGUUUCCAUAUGAACAUUCUCUCUGCGCAGAGGGCGAAGAAAGGGGGUGUUUACCAUAAUCAGAGGCUCAAUAGGCUUGAAAAAGAAGACGGGACCCCUAUUUGCAAGACUUCGGAUGAUACAGGCAUUACCCUCAUUUUAGGGUAUCAGGACAAGCCUAUGCAUAAGGAACAGAUCUCCCUUGCAACCCUUUCACUUUCCCCUCAAGAUAAUGUCUUAGAGCCUAUAGACAAGCAUAUGGACGAGCCUAGGAAAGACAAUCCUAUAGCUCUAGCAUCAAUCCAUAACCCAAUGGCUUUGCGACCUCUAUCGGAUAAGACAGACCAAUCAUCCGAUAAUGACACUAACAAGUGUGAAAACGAGGAUAAAGACCAUAAAUACGAUAUCCUCGGCGACCUACCGCCUUCCCCAGACGAGUCAGAAGAAGAAGAAGAAGAAGAAGAAGAAGCGAGGCAAAACCAAUGCGGAAGUGAGGAUAACCUUACUCUAAACGGGACCGAAAACGCACCUUAUUCGGGUGAUUUUAGAGUAAAUGACCCUUCACUUUAUCCUUACCCAGAAGUCGAAAACGCCUCACUUCCUUCCGAACCUUCUUUACCGACCCGAAUCACUCUUCCUUCCGAUAACCUCGCCUAUGGUGGAAACGCUUUCCCAUGA